AUGAUUAAUAAUUUACAACCCUUAUUUGGUAUGUAUAAGGAACUUUGGAUUGAAAAUGCAACUUAAUUAAAAGACGCUUUGGAGAAAUGGGAUCAACAUCAAUUAAAAUCCUGGCUUCAAAAAAUGGAAAGUUGUCUAUUUUGAUUACUUAUUAGGAACUAUAUUUACAUUCUAAUAUGAUGAGUGUAUUGGACUGCUAGAUGAAUUUUAACCAAAUUAUAUCUAGAAUUUGCCUAAUGACAUGGGCAUAUAAUGUAACAAACUAAGGACUAUGUUUUAGAAUAACUCAACUUAAUAUCUAAUAGUGAAUACCUAUCUAAAAUUGUUACGCUGUUUAAAAAAAUCUCUUGAACCAAUUUAUAAUUCUACUCAUUUGCUUAAUUCUAUAAGAAAUUUAGAAUUAUACCUUUCCUCUCCUUUGAAUUAAAAUACUAUCAAGCCAUAAGAAUGUAAUUGCACAAUAUUUUGA